CAGUUAGAUAGAGAGAGAAUUUUGAAUUUGAAGUUAUAACCUUUAAGGCGUUUUCACAUCUUGAUUAUUUGGGUUGAAUAGGUGUUACCACGGCGAUCAGACUCCUAUCUGCACCAGACCAACGUAGCGCCAGCUGCUCGAGGAGGUGGUCUCGGUACGAUGCCGUCGAUGUCGACCCUGCAGCAGUACUGCCCGCUGUCCGUCCGCCUCACGUUCAGGAUGUCCAGGUCCAUCUGUCCGUCCAGGACGUCCCCCGUCAGACUGUACCGGUCCUCCACCUGCAGCGCCACAGUCAAGGAUGAAGAGGAAGAUGAAGAAGGUCUGAGGCGUUCGGCAGUGGCGAGGUUCUUUCAUAAAGCUCACAGAGGUUUACAGACGGCACAGUUCAACAGUAAGCUGCCAGUGUGAGAAUGAAGAUCUCUAAAGGAUGGACCUUUACUCAAUCACGUACGCAAACUGACCAAGUGUUUACCAUCAGGCCAAAUUCCAUUCACUAACUUUAUCACAUAAGGUCAUCAGCCUCCCUGACCAAACUGGUCGCCCCCUCAUUUCCUGAAAUCAAACAGCCUGACUGAAUAACAGGAACGACUUUCAACUUAAGAAGAUUAUAUAGAGCAGCAUCCUGACGGGAAAACAAAGUCAUAAUACAACAGAAUGAAGAUCUCUGUGAGUUUUAUGCUGUUGCUGCUGCUCGGCUCUGUCUCCGCAAAUGAAGGGGUUGAAAACAAGCCGGGUUUUCCUCAAGACAUCUACGCUGCGCUGAGAGAGAUGACCGCCUCGUUGGUUCAAUUGAGGGCGGACUUGACGCUGCAGACUCAAGAACAAGUACAGCAGAAGACUGAAUUGGAGAAUCUGAAGAAACAACAGCUAGAACAAACAGCAGAGCAGAAGACUGAAGUGAACAACCUGAAGACUGAAGUGAACAAGCUUAAUCAACAACAGCUAGUCCAACAGGUUGCAUUCUCAGCCUCUCUGGUGGUUGCAGGUGAAACAACUUUAGGACCCUUACCCACGGCCACUACCCUGAUCUACAAACACGUGCCCACCAACAUUGGAAAUGCCUACAACUCAAACACAGGUGUGUUCACUGCCCCGGUGAGAGGAGCGUACAACUUUGAGUGGUCGGUCGGUGCACGUGGAGACGGCAGCCACGGUUCAGGGGCCUGGUUGGUCAAGAACUCAGAGAAGGUUUUCGUAGCAUGGGAGCGACAGAAUCAAUAUCGUGGGAGUGCUUCUAAUGGUGUCACGCUGCUGCUGGAGGUGGGAGACGUCGUGUCUGUGCGUCUGGUGGCUAACUCAGUGGUGAAUGACAACGAAAAUCACUUGAACACCUUCAGUGGGCAUCUGCUGUUCACCAUGUAAGACAGAAACAGCAGCUCUGUGAUAGUCACGCAGGUUUUUGUUGUCUUAAACAAGUCUUCAUAGCACUUCAUUGAUUUGAUCUGAUUUCAUCUGCAUCCAAAUAAUAUUAAGUAAUAAUUGUCGACAGGAAUCUAUUU